UUCAUGUGUACAGUGCACGUUGACGUUGCCCGUACGUGUUGGAUUUGAUUUCAAACGACUUGCCAGUACCUUAAAAGAAGCAGACGCCGCUGAGAGAUAAAACAAAAACUCGGACUGUUCUCACCUCUCGUAGUGCACAAUCUGCGUAAAAAAGUUCAUCUAGGGUUGAUGAUGCAGGAGCUAAAUGAAACUGUAACUAUUGGAGCGACUGUCCCAACUGGAUUCGAGCUGACUUCAGCUGAGGAGAUCCAGGAAAAGCUAGAGGCCACUGCCAGAGUUAACAAAGACAGAGGCAAAGUAUAUUUUGACAUAACAUCAGAUAAGCUUUCUAAGGUACACAACCUAAGGUCUGUAGACCAUCUGUUUGUUGUGGUUAAGCAAUAUGACAACUACCAAUUCAAAGUCACAAAGGAAGAAGUGCAGUUGGACCUGCAAGAGUUGGCCGCCAAGCUGUCUUGGACCAGUGCCUUAGAAGUCUGGAAGAUGAACAACUCUUUGAAGAAAAAGAAAGGUCGUCGUAAAGGAACCAACUCGAAAAAAUCUGAUCAUUCUGGCAACGUUAGCACCAAAUGUACUACUGAUACGGUCCCAUCAGAUCCAACAAGUCUGUCGGAAGAUCUUGAAGCUUUACAGGUGAAGAACCAAACAGAUGUUUCUCAUCCAGAAAGUGGCCCACAGACAGAAAAGCUAUCUGAAGAUCAGGAGGCAUUGCCUUUAAAGUUUCGAGUAACAUGCAACAGAGCUGGAGACAACCAUUGCUUCACCUCAAAUGAUGCUGCACGAGACUUUGGAGGAGCAGUACAAGAUCUCUUUCGUUGGAAAGCAGAUAUGACUAAAUUUGAUAUUGAGGUGUUGUUAAACAUUCAUAAUGAGGAGGUUGUAAUUGGUAUUGCCCUCACAGAGGUGAGUCUGCACAGGAGAAACAUCACUCACUUUGGCCCCACCACACUACGGCCUACGCUGGCUUACGGUAUGCUUAGACUUUGCAAGCCACAACCAUCAGACGUGAUUUUAGAUCCCAUGUGCGGCUCUGGAGCUAUACCUUUAGAGGGUGCCAUAGAGUGGCCGAAUUCAUUCUUUUUAGCAGGAGAUAACAAUGGCAUUGCAAUCAACAGAACAGUCAAUAAUGUCAAGCAUCUUCUAAAGAAUCGACCUGUUGAAAGAAGCUCUUCAGGCUUGCCCAUAGACAUAAUUCAGUGGGACUUGUGCAAUCUGUCCGUGAGGAACAGUUCAGUGGAUAUCAUCAUUACUGACAUGCCAUUUGGAAAGAGAAUGGGUUCCAGGAAGAAGAACUGGGAUUUAUACCCUUUAUGUCUUCGGGAAAUGGCUCGAGUUUGUAAACCUGAUACAGGGAGAGCUGUUCUACUGACCCAGGACAAGAAGUGUUUCACAAAGGCAGUCUUGCAGAUGGGUGAGCUGUGGAGGAGAUGCCACACUGCAUGGGUGAAUGUGGGUGGGUUGCGUGCAGGUGUUUUUGUUCUCCAGCGCACAGGGUUAGUUUUUGGCACCACUUCUGGAGAUGUGAAGAAGCCUCACAAAGAAACGGAAUCCCAAAAAGAGGAUAUGGAGGACAAAAGUCUGUGAAAGGGCUGAAAGACAAGUUGCAGCAAAUCUGUAUAUUUGGAGAAAUGUAAUGUUCUUCCUGGUGUCAUUAGGUCUCAUUUUAAGAGGGGUGUUUUGUAUUUAAUUUGUUGGUCUGUGACUAUAUUUUCCUUAUAAAGGUUUGGCUGUUCAUGUUCUGAAGAAAAUACAGUUAUAAAUGGGGUUUGAUGCCCUUUUAUAAAAAGAUAGAGUUACUAAGUUCAUCAUUCAUGCUCAACUCAUUAGUUACACUGUUAAUUAUUAGUUCACUUAUCAUUGUGGCAUACACUGUGAAGACGUGUUGAUUCAACACAUACUUAGUGCCUUUUUGCAUGCAUUUUAAAUGAAACCUAAUUGGCCUAAAAUGCAUGUUCAUUCUUUUGAUAAAUACAAAGAUUGUACUUUUAUGACAUAGAAUGUCAUUAUUUACCUUAAAAUGUAUCCAAGUCAUUACCUUUUUUUUUAGAAAAGUGUGCCGCCUCGUUAAGUUUGUUAAAACUUUACACUCACAAUAAUAAAUAAGCAUCUUUAUUAGGCAUUAAUAAACAGUAAUAGCAAUUUACGUCUGCUUUUUAUUUUAUUAUUAUUUAUAGACUACAGACUCCAGCGUAAACAAACGUUGCUGUAUGUGGCCCAGACUUAACUUCUGGUAGACCUCUGAAACGAAUCAAUAACAUUCGAGUAGUUUAAAAUGAAAUUAAAUAUAAUAUAGAUAUGAAUUAGUAUGAGUAUAAAUUUAACACAAAUCCGAAAUUAACGUCUAGGCUAUAUUUAUAAACUGCCUUUUAAUAAUUCACAAUUCAUUUGUAAAUGAAUUAAUAGUCCCUAAUGAACACCCUUAUAAAUUCUUAACAAAUGGGGCU